GUCGUCCACUUGUCAGACCCGAGAGCAUUCUGAUUUUCAAUUCCCCAAUCUACCCCCUUCCCUUUCCUCUUGUACUUUAUCUCCCUUCUCCACUGGUCCCCCCGGGAACUAGAACGUGUCGACACGGCAAGACACUGGCCGAGCCUGGGAUAGGUCUGGGUAUAUCGCCCUCUGACACCUGUCUCCACACCUGCUCCGUUUUUCUCGUAGACGCGCCAUCGUCUCUUGCCUCAAGCCACCAUUAUGGCAAAUGUCGCGCCUCCAGCUGCCAUGCAGCCCUCGCAGCAACCGCAGGACACGCCAGCACCUCCAUCAAGCCCGUCGUGGGACGGCGACAAGAUGUUCAACAUCUACAUCUACGACUAUUGUCACAAGAGAGGCUUCCGCAAAACGGCCCAGGAGUUGGUCCGUGAGGCUGAGCUCCCGAGCGAGUCCGCUCCCCCGAUCGACGCACCGCAGGGUCUUCUCUUCGAAUGGUGGAGUGUCUUCUGGGUUUUGUUCACGGCGAAGGCGAAUGGGACCGGUACGGAGGACGCCAUGCUGUAUACUCAGCAUCAAAUGAAUCAAGCCCAGUUGAAAGCCCGCACGGCUCAGCAACAGCAGCAGCAGCAGCAGCAACAACAACAACAACAGAUGCCGAUGGGGGGCAUGCCUCCUCAACCCUCUCAAAUGGCCGGCAAUCGCGCACCAGUACCAGGGCAGGGACCACCCGGACCUCCCAAUAUGAACGGAAUGGGCGUGCAGCCGCGCGGACAGAUGCCCACGGGCUUCCCUCCGAACGGGCAUGCGCCAAUGGCGAACGGACUUCCUGGAGGCCAGCCGUCCGGUAUCGGUCCAGGCCCCGGCUUCCCUGGUGGCCACCCGAACGCGAUGAUGAACGGGAUCCCUCCACCAGCGAUGAGUGGUGGCCCUGGCGGGCAGCAAGGGUUCAUGCCCCGACCGCCUAUGCAGGGUCCCCCGCGGCCUCAGAAUGGGAUCGGGGUUGGCGGCCCACCCUUUCAAUCGCCCACCAUGGCACAUUCUCCGCCCCAGACGGGUCCAGGUGGUCAGCCGCCGCAGCCGCAGAAUGUUGCUCCGCCGAUGAGUCAGCUGGGACCCCCGCGGGGAGGCAUGCUUCCUCCGGGCCAGCAACCUGGGAUGAUGGGCAGCGGGCAGCAAACGCCCCAGCCGUAUCCGCCAAUCGGCGCAUCAGGGCGACCACCGAGCAGGACGAGCACCCCCAUGAUCAGCGCCAGCCCUUUAAUGGCCAACCGGCCCCCCCAGAUGCUUCCCCUCGAUGUGCGACAGCAGGAUAUGCUCCUCAACAACGAGAUGCAGACGAUUCCUCCAGGGCUGCUCGGCCAACUGAAAGCCGAGUUGAAUUUCGGUGAUCGCAAUGCGCAAUCGCUGUCUAUCAAUGAGAAGCAACGGAUCCUGACACUAGCAAGGCAGAAAAAGAUGGGGUCGACACCCAAUGCAGCAGCAGGUCCAUCUGCACCUGCACAGCGGAGGAACAACAACAAGCGGAAUAGCACAUCGCCCGGUGAAGAGCCUCUUCAGUUGGAUGAUGGAAUGCCGCGAAAUGGAUCCUCUCCGCCCGACCGGAAACGUAUGCGACGAUCACCUACGGAUCCAGCAACAGGAACAGGAGGCGUGCAGAUACCUCCGGGAUACACUCAUCCUGGAGGUCAACAAGCCCCUGGGGCGAUGGUUAUGAACGGAGGAGGCAUGAUGCGACCCAAUUCGAUGGCGAACGGAUUCCAGCCUGGCAUGAAUGGGCCGGGAUCAGCCCCGAUGGGGAUGUUAGGCAUGAAUCCCAUGGCGCCGAACGGCAUGCCGUCGAAUGGGGGCAUGCCACCGAACGUGAUGGCGCCCGGCAUGCCGAAUACGAUAAGUCCCCAGAUGCAUCCCCAAACCAUGGUUCGUGCCUAUCGAUUCCAGGUGCAAUCGCUGAUGUCACGCAGUACCGGCAACAGGGCAUGCCGAACAUGCCGAACCGAAUGCCGGGAGGAAUAAAUACCGGCUCUCCUGGCCCUGAGCCUGGCUUUAAUCCGGGGAUGGGAAUGCCUCCUGGGGUGCCGAUGCCUCCACAACCAGGAGCAGGCGGUCAAUUUGCCCCUGGAGCGCGUCUGACUGGGCCACCGAACGCAAAAGCGAUGUCCAUGCUCCCUCCGCCGUCACCAGCAAAAGAUCAAAACGCGACAUUGAAGCAAGAGUCGAAACCCAAUGGGCAUCCGGAGGGUUCGCCUCGCAACCAGCCGCUGACGGGUCCUGGUCCUCCAACCGCUGGGCCAGCGCCGGGGCCAGGCAAUGUUCCUGGGACCAGCAUGGCACCUUCACCGGGGAUGAUGAUGAAUGCGACUGCGACAGACACACUGUUCAGCAACGACUUCAUGCAGAGCGUGGCUAGCGAGCUGGACGAAUUCGACGUCGGCAUCUUCCGCAACGACGGAGACCUCAAUUUCGAGAGGGAUUUUGGGCAAUGGUUCAACCCAGAUGAUUUAAGUGGGGGGAUGGAUCUGAGCAAGCAAUGAAACAACUGAUCUCUUUGCCCAAAUCCCUGGCUCUGCUUUUGUUUCUGCUGUGUCUCAUGCCUGUUCUUCGCCCCCGGUCCAUCUAGAUGAUCGUUUGUAUUGCUCGUCUCUCAGUUUUGUCGCUGUCCUGUCUCUCGUAGCCUAUGCUUCGCUAGCCAUCUCAUUCUUUCCUUGGUAUCCUUUCUCGUCAUUUUUUUUUUUGCUCUGCUGCCUCCUUUUUGAACGUUACCCCCUCGCUGCCGCUCUCGGUUGUUAUAAUAGGUCUUGUCAUUGUACUUACAUUGUUGAAACAUAGCUGGAUGGAAAGCAC